UCUCUCUAGACGCCGCCUCCCUCGCCGUCUCUCGCCAAGCUCAAAGAAGAGGUAGAGCAAAGGAGGAGAGAAAUAAGAGGGGGAAAGAAGAGGUUUGAAGGGCUUCGAUGGCUUAUCGAGUGGCGUUGCGGCCGGAGUCUUUCCUCUGCUUCUCUCCCGUGAGGAGCAAGAGGAAUGGCAGAUCUCCCAGGGUCUCCAAGGCAUCCGCCAUUCGGUCCUCCUCCGCCACCAAUCAUUUAUUUUGCUCUAGGGUUGAGACUCCAAAAAAGCCCUUCACUCCUCAUGAGUUACAUGUUCAAGUCACUCAUUCCAUGCCACGUCAAAAGAUCGAGAUUUUCAAAUCAUUAGAAGAUUGGGCAGAAAAUAAUAUAUUGGUGCAUCUGAAACCGGUCGAGAAAUGUUGGCAGCCACAGGAUUUUCUUCCAGAUUCUUCAUCAGAGGCUUUCUAUGAUGAGGUUAAGGAACUGAGAGUGCGGUCGAAGGAGAUCCCUGACGAUUAUUUUGUUUGCUUGGUUGGAGAUAUGAUUACUGAAGAAGCUCUUCCUACAUACCAAACAAUGCUAAACACUCUUGAUGGCAUCAGAGAUGAGACAGGAGCAAGUCUUACUUCUUGGGCUAUCUGGACUAGGGCAUGGACUGCUGAAGAGAACAGACAUGGAGAUCUCCUUAACAAGUAUCUAUACCUAUCUGGAAGAGUGGACAUGAAACAGAUUGAGAAGACAAUUCAAUAUCUUAUUGGUUCAGGAAUGGAUCCCAGGACAGAGAACAAUCCAUAUCUCGGUUUUAUUUAUACCUCGUUUCAGGAGCGGGCAACCUUCAUAUCCCAUGGGAACACUGCUCGGCUUGCCAAGGAACAUGGGGACCUCACAUUGGCACAGAUAUGUGGGAUAAUUGCAUCUGAUGAGAAGCGCCAUGAGACUGCAUACACUAAGAUAGUGGAGAAAUUGUUUGAGAUAGAUCCGGACGACACUGUUAUUGCAUUUGCUGACAUGAUGAAGAAGAAAAUCUCAAUGCCUGCUCAUCUGAUGUACGAUGGUCGUGAUGAUAAGCUUUUCGAGCACUUCUCAGUGGUUGCCCAGCGGUUAGGUGUCUACACAGCCAAGGACUAUGCCGACAUACUGGAGUUCCUUGUUACGAGGUGGAAAGUUGGUGACCUAACAGGCCUCUCUGAAAAAGGGAAUAAAUCCCGGGACUUCAUCUGCAAUUUAGCUCCAAGGAUCAGGAGGCUUGAGGAAAGAGCCCAUGGAAGGGCCAAGAAAGCACCUACCAUACCUUUUAGUUGGAUCUUCGACAGGAAAGUGCAGCUAUGAGUGUCAAACAAGAAAACGGUUUUGGUUGUCCAUCCAAGCAAUCGUUCUCCCUUUGCUGCGAGUAUGCGGUUCAUGGGGUUCUAAAAGAAGUUGUAGCAUCAUGUCCGUGCUUCAUUUUGUCUUCUAUUCAAGUAAUGGAUGAGUUGGGAUGGGGGACUGUACAUACUCUUCAAGCUAUCAUAAUUUGGUUUUCAGAGCUAGAAAGCCUCUUGUUUUUAUGUUUUCUUUUUAUCUUUUUCAUGGGACAAGUUCUGUUUGUCUGAGUGGAAUAAUGGAUGCAUAUGAGAAAUUAGCCUUCGCUCUUC